UGAGUGUGAGUAUGUACCGUAUGUACACAUUGUUGUGAGUGAUAAACAUUGAAUGUUACGAUAAUAUUUUUGGUGGUAAAUAACUCGCAUCCCAUGCAAGUCAGUUAAUUAAAUUGAAUGUAACAAUGAGCAAACUCGUAAAAAAUCUUCAAAAGUUCAAACUAAUUACGUUUGAUCUGUCCGACACAUUGGUGAAAUUCAAGCGGCCACCAGGCAUUGUAUAUGCAGAAACAGCCACAGCUUUAGGACUGCCGAGUGUCGAUCCGCAGAAAUUGGCCGCACAGUUUUCGAGUAAUUUUAAGCAAAUGGACCGAGACUAUCCGAAUUUCGGUCGGAAUGUCAUGGGCUGGGACACUUGGUGGGAAAAGUUGAUUUUUAACAUUUUCAAAUCAGCCGGCACAGAAUUGAAUCCGGAUGAACUGUACCACCUAACAAGCGAACUGAUCGAUAAAUUCGAGACCGAUGAGUGCUACGAAGUACAAGACGGAGCAAUCGAAUUGAUAGAGAAAAUCAAAGAUAUCGACAAAAUCGUGGGCAUUGUGUCGAACUUUGAUCCUCGGCUACGGUAUUUGGUGGAAAAUAUGAAAUUACCGCAGUUCGAUUUUGUGGUCGGAUCAUACGAAGCGGGCGCAGCGAAACCGGAUCCCAGCAUUUUCGAUCUUGCGCUCAAAAUGACCAACUUUAAUGCAUUUUCCGAACAGUCGUUACACAUUGGCAAUACACCAACAUUGGAUUAUGUCGCGGCGAAAGAGGCCGACUGGAGCGGUGCACUGAUAACAAAUGGCCAGACCGGUUGGAUGUUGCAUAAAGACAAAAUUAAUGAGAAUCAUGUGUUUGAAUCACUGCAAGAUUUCCUCAGAAAACUGGAAACGGAUGACAUCGAAUGGGACGAAACGACGAAGUGAACGGGAAAUUGAUUUUAGUUUCGUUCGUUAGUUAGUAACGUGUUGAAAAGCAUGUAACAAAAACACCUUAAGCUGAAUAGAUGUGUUUUGAAUUGUUCAA